AUGACCAGCACCAUCUACCAGUACACCUCCUCCAGCUCCAUCAAGGGCCCCUCCAGCCUAGGGGGCGGCUCUCGCACCUCCUGCCGGCUGUCCGGCAGCCGGGGUGGAGGCUCGUGCCAACUGGGGUCGGUCAGCGGCCUAGGCAGUGCCCUCGGGGGCAGCGGCAGCUUUUCCAGCUGCUAUAGCUUCGGCACUGGCGGUGGCUAUGGUGGCGGCUAUGGCAGUGGCUUUGGCAGCAGCUUUGGAGGUGUUGACGGGCUGUUGGUGGGAGGAGAGAAGGCCACCAUGCAGAACCUCAACGACCGCCUGGCCUCCUAUCUGGACAAGGUGCGCGCCCUAGAGGAGGCCAACACCGAGCUGGAGGUGAAGAUCCGUGACUGGUACCAGAAGCAGGCCCCGGGGCCUGCCCGUGACUACAGCCACUACUACCAGACCAUCGAGGACCUGAAGAACAAGAUUCUCACGGCCACUGUGGAUAAUGCCAACAUCCUGCUGCAGAUCGACAACGCCCGUUUGGCUGCGGAUGACUUCCGUACCAAGUUUGAGACGGAGCAGGCCCUGCGUGUGAGUGUGGAGGCCGACAUCAAUGGCCUGCGCAGGGUGCUGGAUGAGCUGACCCUGGCCAGAGCUGACUUAGAGAUGCAGAUUGAGAACCUCAAGGAGGAGCUGGCCUACCUCAGGAAGAAUCACGAGGAGGAGAUGAACUCCCUGCGAGGCCAGGUGGGUGGUGAGAUCAAUGUGGAGAUGGACGCAGCCCCUGGCGUGGACCUGAGCCGCAUCCUGUCCGAGAUGCGCGACCAGUAUGAGAAGAUGGCAGAGAAGAAUCGCAAAGAUGCUGAGGACUGGUUCUUCAGCAAGACAGAGGAGCUAAACCGCGAGGUGGCCACCAACAGCGAGCUGGUACAGAGUGGCAAGAGCGAGAUCUCCGAGCUCCGGCGCACCGUACAGGCCUUGGAGAUCGAGCUGCAGUCCCAACUCAGCAUGAAAGCAUCCCUGGAGGGCAGCCUGGCAGAGACAGAGAACCGCUACUGCGUGCAGCUGUCCCAGAUCCAGGGGCUGAUUGGCAAUGUGGAGGAGCAGCUGGCACAGCUGCGCUGUGAGAUGGAGCAGCAGAACCAGGAAUAUAAGAUCCUGCUGGAUGUGAAGACCCGGCUGGAGCAGGAGAUCGCCACCUACCGCCGCCUGCUGGAGGGCGAGGAUGCCCAUUUGUGUAGCCCCCAGUCUACACAAUCACUCUCCUCAGAGGACAGGAGGAAGGGAGCUGUGACCACCCGCCAGGUGCGCACCAUUGUGGAGGAGGUCCAGGACGGCAGGGUCAUCUCCUCCCACGAGCAGGUCCGCCAGUCCACCCACUGA